CAGCAGUUAGCUUCGCUUAGCUUCGCGCUUGUAUUUACACACGGUGUUUUGCUGCGGCUGAAUCAAAACAAUUACAGGUUAGAGACGCUUCUGGGCGCUCUGAUGAAACAUGGAGAAGGAAAACGAGACUGUGGCGGUUAAAAAGAGCAGCUCGGAGCAGAGGAAGCUCCGCUCCCGUGACGCGGCCCGAUGUCGGCGCAGCCAGGAAACGGAGGUGUUUUAUGAGCUCGCCCGCACCUUGCCGCUGCCGCGCAAAGUCUGCACCCACCUGGACAAAGCCGGCAUCAUGAGGGUGACGCUCAGCUUCCUGCGACUGCAGCAACUCCUGCGGCCCGAAGGAGAUGAGGAAGACGAGGCGCAGGAUGAAGAUCCGAUGGACGCCUUCUUCCCCGAGGCGCUGGCCGGUUUCGUCAUGGUGGUGACUGAGGAGGGGGACAUGAUCUUCCUGACGGAAAACGUCAACAAACACAUCGGCAUCGCUCAGCUGGACCUGCUGGGUCAGAGUGUUUACGACUUUGUUCAUCCCUGCGAUCAGGAGGAGCUCAGAGAUCUGCUGACUCCACGUCCAGGUCUUUGUAAGAAGCUUCAGGCCGAACAGACGAGCGAGAGGAACUUCUUCCUGCGAAUGAAGAGCACGCUGACCAGCAGGGGGCGCACCGUCAACAUCAAGUCUGCCAACUGGAAGGUGCUCCACUGCACGGGUCACAUCCGUCCCUCAGCGGCCCCCCCCGCGGCCCGAGUGAUGACGCUGCUGUGCGAGCCCAUCCCUCACCCCUCCAGCGUGGAGUUUCCUCUGGACACGUGCACGUUCCUGACCCGCCACAGCAUGGAUCUGAUCUUCACACACUGCGAGGGAAGGGUCACGGAGCUGGUCGGAUACAAACCCGAGGACCUGAUUGGACGCUCGGCCUGCGAGUUUUACCACGCCCUGGACUCGGAGCGCAUCAGGAGGAGUCUGCAAACGUUGCUCUCCAAAGGUCAGGUGAACACCAGCCACUAUCGCUUCCUGGCGAACUGCGGCGGCUACGUCUGGGCGGAGACGCAGGCGACCGUCCUCUACAACAACAAGACGUCGCAGCCUGAAGCCAUCGUCUGCCUCAACUUCAUCCUCAGUGCUGUGGAGCAGCCGGACGUGGUUUUCUCUGCUGAGCAGACCCGCUGCAGCUGCGUGACGAAGACCGAACCCCGCUCGCCGGACCACGCGCCUGAGGACAGUGGGAUCUCCACCUGCGAGUCCGACGCCGAGAAUGUCGCUGGUUCCUCUGAAUCUGAAGAUGUGGAUCCCAGCAGCCCCGCUGAGCUCCUCCUGAAGCUGAAGGAGAAUCCGGAGGAGCUUCUGCAGUUGGCUCCUGAAGCCGAAGACGCCGCGGUGCUGCUAGCAGCCAGUCCAGUCGAGCUGUCGUUUGCCAGUCCUCCCAGUCCUUCGUUGGUACCGGAGGAUCCUAAAGACCUGUGCACCCCAGAGCUGAGGAAGCUCCUCGCACCCAUCUUUGACUCCAUCGACCCCUCGUCGUCUCCGUGCACCUCUCCAGAGCCAGCGCAGAGCUCCUGUAACGUGGAGGUGAUGGACACCAGCGAGGUGGAGAAGUUCUUCACUUUCUGUCCAGAAGAUACUCAGAAGAAACUGGAAUCGCUGCAGGACUCGGAGGACAUGGAUCUGGAGAUGCUGGCUCCUUACAUCUCCAUGGACGACGACUUCCAGCUGACCUUCCUCAGCGCUCGGCCCGAGGACGCCGACAAACCUCCGUCCUUCUCGUUUAAACGCUCUGACGUGAGCAGAAAACGGACUCGAGGCGACGACGUGUCCCCUCAGCUGACGGUUCAGGACAAGAGACAGAAACCAGACCCGUCCUCCAUCGAAGAAGAACUCCUCCUCAGCCACAGUCUGCUGGACACUCUGGAGGAAGCGGACCAGUCGGACCUGGUUCUGGACCUGGACUCUGAGCGGCGCAGCCAGCUGCUCACAGACAGAGACCCUGUUCUGGGAGGCGUUCAGGAACUGUGCGACACCGCAGCUCUGAUGAGGAACGUGUUCGCCCCUCGCACCGCUGACCUCUCACCGCCCCUCUCACCUUUGACCUGAAGCAGCUCGAGGUCGGCUCCGCCUCCAAGACUUAAACGCACACUUGUCAGAAAACAAGCCACAAACCUGAACGCACAAGAUGUUGACCUGACUCGUGCCGUGGGGUCUGACCUGUGGCUGAGCGGGUCGACCUCGAACGUUUUUUAUUUCUCUCACGAGUGUCUCUGCGCCGCGAGGCGCCGCGGACCCGUCACUCACAUGUUUUCAGCCGUUUGAUGUGAGAAAUCUGCCUGUUUUUAUAGAAACAGCAGGUGGUGCUAAUCGUUUCGUUUCCACCACAAAGAUUCAUCACCUGAAGUGAGACGGAUCUGGAAAUGUUUUGGUGCAGCUAAAUGUCGCAUUUAUAUCCGUUUAAAAACAAAUCAAGUUUAUUUUCUUAACAACGCCAAAAACCUGCGAUAUCAGUGGCAUGUAAGGACUUUUUAUACACUUUUUUAUUGUUAUUGACGUGUUUAACGUGUUUUAUUCAGAAAUCCUGGUUCGAACAUCUGCAGCUUGCUUUGAUCUUCCAGGUGGGCGGGGCUUAUCUAACACUCCCUAUAAGCUGAUCAAUCAGAACCAAUCCGUCACCCUGUUAAUUCCCUUUUUAAAUAAAUAUAGUUAUUAACGUGAUGUAAUGAAGCCAGUAUUGGUUCAAAUCAGAGUAGUCUGCAUGUUUAUGCUCACGUGAUUAAAUUAGUAUCUUUGACAUGUAACGGAUUAUACGUGAUGGAUACACGUGUUGUAAUGAGGUGACGUGAAGCGUUCUUUGUAUUUUUUAAUAAACCAAAUUCUGAAUAAACCUGCCGGGUUGUUAACUUGCCGUGCGCUCUGAGCUCUGUGCCUUCUCACCACGCAGUAGAAAAUCAAAGCCUCGUUUCGACUGUUACUUCACAGACGAGGAGUAAAAUACUUUUGGUUUAUCCUGUAUGUACUCUUGAACUUAAUAAAGCUGUAAAACUGAA